GGAGCGUUGCUUUGGUUAAGUCUCUCUCUCUCUCUCUCUCUCUCUCGGCUCAGCCUCCUUUACUAUAAAAAGAAGAAAGGCUUCUCUUCUCAUUACCACAAGACUCUCUUCUCACCGAUCUUCUCGUUUUCAUUCAUUUCGAUCCAUGACGAAACCCGACCCGACUCGUGAGAGUAAUGCCGCCAAAGAGAUUCGUUACAGAGGCGUCAGGAAACGCCCCUGGGGGAGGUACGCCGCCGAGAUCCGAGAUCCCGUCAAGAAAACUCGUGUCUGGCUCGGCACCUUCGACACGGCUCAGCAGGCGGCGCGUGCUUACGACUCGGCCGCGCGUGAGUUUCGUGGCUCUAAAGCUAAGACCAAUUUCCCCACGUUUCUUGAGCUCCACGGGGACGUCAAACAGGAAGGUGCUUUCGUUGCCAGUCCUUGUCAGAGUAGCACUGUCGUCAACUCGUCCUCUCCCAAGACGGUGAGGUUUGUCACACCGCCGCAGCUCGAACUCAGCUUGGGCUGCGGUGGCGCGUACCGUAGGAUUCCUGUUGCACGUCCUGUUUACUACUUCAACGUAACGACGACGACGGCGGCGUUUCCUAAGGUGGCGGUGGCGUGUGGUAUCCAGAGCGAGUCAGAAACGUCUUCGGUCGUUGAUUUCGAAGGUGGAGCUGGGAAGAUAACUCAGCCGUUAGAUCUGGAUCUUAACCUAGCUCCUCCGGCGGAAUAGGCCGUGAGUUUUUUUUCUUUUUCUUUCUUUCUUUAUAUAUGUCGUCGUUUCUUUAGAGAGUAAAAUAACGUUUUUUUUUCUGCCUUAGGAAAAAAAAAUUAUAUUAUCCGUUUUUUAGAAGAAAGUGGAGAAAAAAGCUAAAAUAUAAUUUUUAGCUGACAUGGGAAAAAAGGUCGUUAUGUAUAUAGUAUUAUGAAAUGAAACCCUACUAAUAUAAGAAAAAUCAACGUAACAUAA